AUGGAAACAGGGAGUGCAGCAAGGACAAAUGGGACCACUGGCAAAGCAGAGGAAGUGAAGAGCCCAACUACUCCUAAAAAGGAAGAAGAGGCAAAGAAGACCACAAGCCCUGGCGGAGGUGAGAAAGAAGCUAUAAAGGGCACGGGCGGUGCUGCGUUGGAGACAGGGCAAAUCAAGAGCUCCCUCUUCUCUGGGAGUGACUGGAAGAGGCCCAUCAUUCAGUUUGUGGAGUCAUCCGAUGAGAAGAGGUCAACCUACUUCAGCAUGGAUUCUGCAGACUCCAAGAAGAUGCAAUAUGCCAGUGGACAGAUAGCAGACCUGAGGAGACCAGCCCUCUCCUUCCCAGAGAAAGGAGACCUCAGGAAGUCCCUCUUCUCCUUGGAUUCCAAAAAGAGCUUCCUGCCUAGUGAUGGGGAAGGGAGGAAGUCCUUGUUCUCUGGGGGGCAGAUGGGGGACCUGAAGAAAUCUUCUCUUCCCUUGGUGGAGACAGGAGACCUGAGAAGACCCUUCAACAAGCCUGACAGAGCAGCUGGCUCACGGCCCAGGGUGAAGCUGGAGGAUGUUCUGUGUGAUUCCUGCAUCGAUAACAAGCAAAAGGCUGUCAAGUCCUGCUUGGUGUGUCAGGCUUCCUUCUGUGAGCUGCACCUCAAACCUCACCUGGAGGGAGCAGCUUUCCGGGACCACCAGCUCCUGGAUCCCAUCAGGGACUUUGAAGCAAGAAAAUGUCCUGUGCAUGGCAAGACCAUGGAGCUGUUCUGUCAGACAGACCAGAUGUGCAUCUGCUACCUCUGCAUGUUCCAAGAGCACAAGAACCACAGCACAGUGACAGUGGAGAUCGAGAAAGCAGGAAAAGAGGCUGAGCUGUCACUGCAGAAGGAGCAGCUGCAGCUGAAGAUCAUCGAGGUGGAAGAUGAAGUGGACAAGUGGCAGAAGGAGAGGGACAGGAUCAAGAACUACACCACCAACGAGAAAGCCACAGUGGACCAGCACUUCAAAGAGCUGAUCCGUGACCUGGAGAGGCAGAGGGAUGAGGUGAAGGCUGCCCUGGACCAGAGGGAAAAGAUUGCUUCAGAGAAUGUGAAAGAAAUCGUGGAUGAGCUGGAGGAGAGGGCAAAGCUGCUGCGGGAGGACAAGGAGAACAGGGAGCAGAUCCACCAGAUCAGUGACUCAGUGCUCUUCCUGCAGGAGUUUGGGGCUUUGAUGAGGAAUUAUGUGCCCCCUCCAUCCCUCCCAACGUACAGUGUGCUGCUGGAAGGGGAGAGCAUGAGCCCAUCCAUGGGACUCCUCAGGGAUGACCUCCUAAAUGUCUGCAUGAGGCACGUGGAGAAGAUCUGCAAGGCAGACCUGGGCCGCAACUUCAUCGAGAGGAACCACAUGGAGAAUGGUGACCAUCGGUUCAUGAUGAACAACUAUGAGUGGAACCAGCCUGACAACCUGAAGAGAUUCUCCAUGUUCCUGGCUCCCAAAGCCAAUUUCAACCCACGAUCAUGGGAAUUUUCCUCCUUCCAAGCGACUGAGGAAACACUUGUAGGCAAUGGCACUAAGCUGCCUUUUCAGUUCUCCUCGGUGGGACAGAAUCCGCCCGGUGACUUCAGCAAACAGUCUGAUGGGAGCCUCUUCACUAAGACCGCUUAUCCUUCAAUAGUGAGACAUCAAUCUGCAAAGGUGACACCACAGACAUGGAAAUCUCCUAAGCAAUCUGUAUUGUCACAUUAUCGCCCCUUUUACGUCAACAAAGGCAAUGGAGCCACUUCCAACGAGGCACCUUGA